GUUGAAUCAGUUGUGGUUAGCACCAUUUGUGAAAACAUAUCGUUCGUGAGAAAGUUAACAUGAGUAACACGGCUUUUAUCGACGACUGGAAUAGCAUUAUCCCGUUCAAAAUCAAGGCUGCAGAUUUAGAAAAACCAACUGAGCAAUUUUUGUACAAAGCAGUGCUGCAUAUUUUCAAAUUGAUGCAUUACGAUGUAUCGAUCUACGAACAUAUGUACACCGAGGGGGCUGAUACUUCAACUGUUAAAAGAGAGUUCGUGGCCCGGAUCAAUUACAUUUACCAAUUAUGCUCGGAUUCUAAGCAAACAUCAUUUUACUAUGUCGAUCUUGUGAAACCUACGGCGAAAAAAGUUAUUCAUUUGCUUAAAAUUCUUCUUAAUUACUUGUUCUACAUUAACAUGGUAAAAGAGACUGUUUUGGAAAAUGCCAACAAUUGCAUCGAAAAUUAUUUUGAAUUGAAUGCCAAACUAAACCAGGAGCAAGCAGCAAAUGAGGAGAAGAAAAUUCGAGCAUGUAAUAUGAACCGGCAUAUCGAUGAUUUGAAAAGCAAACUCCCUGAGAUGAGUCGGCAAAUUGAAUCGCAAGAACAAUGUAAACAGAAUUUACAUGAAAAACUAGUGGCUCUAAAAGCAGCCCAGCAAGAACUGGCCGACAAAAUAGUGCUGCUUAAACUAGAGUAUGUCGAACUGACUGAACAGAAAAUCACAGACGAAGAAGUGUGUGCGUUAAAAGCUACAUAUGAGGCACUAGAACGGGAUAUUGAAUCACUAACGGAAAGUGAAAAAAUAAUGCAAAGAACAAACGCUAUUCAUGUAAAAACUAUAAGUGAAAUGAAACCUUGCAUAACACUUUUAGAGAAACUGCUCCAGUCAACAUUAGAUGACUCUUGGAAGACUAUACGCAGUGACGUAGAGCAGUUAACGUCGUUAUGUGACAAGGCUGAGAUAAAAUUUAAUGGUCUGUUGAGUAUGGCUGAUACACUCAAUUCAAACUGCACAGAGAUUGAAAUGCAUUUGGAAGAACGCCAACAAGAAUUAUGUGUACGACAGAAAGUGCUUGAUAAAAGUAAAAAGAGAAAUGAUAGCAAAUUGAACGAUUACGAAAAAUAUGUGUCAAAUUUAAAUGAAACUAAUGAGCUGCUGGAACAGAUAUUGAUGCAACAAAGAAUGGAAGUAGCGCGAAUAAUUGACAUGUCAAAAGAAUCAAUAAAUUUAAUCAAUAAAUCAAUUAUAUAA